UUUCUGCAAAAUUCAACUUUUCCUAGAGUCGCCACCUAGUGGAAGUGUUUUUUUAGUGCUUUCAUUUUUUUAAAUACUUCCUCAUUAAUUUAAGUAAUAAUAUAAAUAUGAUAAGCAUAAAAAUAUGAUUAUCACUAAUAUAUAUUUAAAAAAAUAUAUUUAUUUAUUUUCGUUUACUAUCUUCAUGCGUAUUGUUGUUUGAAAAAUGAAGUUUCAUCGACGUGUAAUAAAUAAGAUAAAUAUUAACCAAAUGUCGGUAAAACGGUACAGCUCGUUGACUCCAUCUACUGAAUUAAAUGAAUCAACUAAACUGUUUUAAAAACUAAUAUUAUGGAUAUAGUAUUCUGUGCAUAGAGAAUACAUUAAUACCUUCUGUGUAAGUUCGCGUUCCGAGUUCAUGGCCAAAAGACCAAAAUAAUGUCGGUGGAUGCAGAUGAAAAAUCGGUAAUAAUUGAUGAAUGACUAUUAGGAAAACGGAUUGUAAAUUGAUUAUUUAUUAAAAUAAAAUCAAAUAUUAAAUUCGAAUUCUACUUUUUUUAAAUAAUUCAUUAAACGAUUAUUUCUAUUAUUAUUUCACAUCCCUACUUAAACGUCACCGUCCGUCACCGUCACGAAGUAAAAAAUUCUGUUUUUGCGUGUAUGUAAUUUUGCUUUCUCGUUCAUUUAACUCAAAUUUUUAAUGUUAUUAAUUCAUUUGAACAGAAUAAAAAGGGAUUUUUAUGAAAUAAGAAGUGUGUAGAAGUUAUUUUAAAAAUCACAAUAUGGCUGGGUCAGCAUUACGAAGACUGAUGGCAGAGUACAAACAACUGACAAUAAAUCCACCUGAAGGUAUCAUUGCUGGACCAGUUAACGAAGAAAACUUUUUUGAAUGGGAAGCUUUAAUAACGGGUCCAGAGGGGACAUGCUUUGAAGGUGGCAUAUUUCCGGCAAAACUUAUAUUUCCACCUGACUAUCCACUAAGCCCACCGAAAAUGCAGUUCAUUUGUGAAAUGUUUCAUCCAAACAUCUAUGCUGAUGGCAGAGUCUGUAUUUCUAUUCUACAUGCUCCAGGCGAUGAUCCAAUGGGCUAUGAGAGUAGUGCUGAAAGAUGGUCACCUGUACAAAGUGUUGAGAAAAUAUUGCUAUCUGUUGUUAGUAUGUUGGCCGAACCAAAUGAUGAAAGUGGGGCUAAUGUUGAUGCAGCCAAAAUGUGGAGGGAAGAUCGUGAACAAUUCAACAAGAUAGCCGAACAACUAGUCAGGAAAACAUUAGGUCUACCUCCUCCAUAAUAAUGCGUUUGCCUGUGAUCAAGAACAGUUUCCUUGUUGGUUAUUUUAAAUACAAAUAAUGUGCUAGAUAUUGUUGAUAACUCAAAAAUAUAUAAAAACUAUAAAAUAUGUUUAUCAAACUAGAUCUCAUAAAAAUAGAAACAAGACAAUACAUAACUAUGAAAGUAUUUUUUUCAAAGUGGUAAAGCUAAGUACCCCUAAGAUUAAUUGUCUAUUGUAGCAACUUAGGAUUUUGUUUGCAAAAUAAUGUUAUCAAAUUAAUAGACUGGUUUGGUUAUUCAUUAAAAAUAUUUAAAUAAAAAUAUUUAGCUAACUUAUAGAGUGCUAUUGCUAUCACAUUAUGUAUGUUGUUAUAAUAAUAUAUGGUUUAAUAAGUGUUAAUUUUUAUAUAUAAUAGUCUGUUUUAAGAUAAUAUCGGAAAUAAUCAGGUUGUUUAUAUAUUUGUGCUAAAAUCUAUACAGAUAUAAAUAUAUACAACAUAAUCAAAUCACACCAUUAAUUAGUUCAUUAUUUUUUCUGUAGAUGCCAUUCUGUUCAAUUGUUAUUGUUGCAUUAAUACAAUAAAAUGGUGCA